AGAGGUAAACACAGCAUCUCAGGGUGGGUGUGUUAUUUUACCCACCUCUGCCGCUCCCCUGGGUAGUCUUUGCAUGCCCAGGGUUACUUGUGUGUUUGAAGAAGAUGUUGAGUGUGUUUCUGGGUCAUGUCUUAUUGGAGCAAUUGUGGAAACGUGGUUUUAAUUUAUGUCUGGGUGUGGCGUCUUCAUUUUUCGAUUAUUUUGGCGCAUUGCUGCAUUUCUGCCAUUCUUUGCGGGCUUCCUCUUGCCUGAUUGAUUUUUUUUUUGCUGCUAGUGUCUCGUCGCCACUGUCUGGUAUAUCUGUGCUCCGCGUCACAGAAAGCACACCAUUUGUGGAGGUUUGCUUGCUGGAUAAGUAGUUUUGUUGGGUGUGCUGCAGUGACACACCCUCGACCAGGGGUGCACAGGACUUGCUGCUAUCAAGACGUCAUGCUUUUUCUCCCAUCCCCUGUGUCUUAGGUUUGUCAGGUGAUAGUCACUGACCCUGAAUGCUAGCCCACAGGCUUUUGCGGCUGUUCCUGGUGACUGGAGUCUGUUCCCAGUCGGGCCUGCGCACCAUCAUGGCUUGGAGAUCCCACGGCAGAGACAAUGCGGACAUGGUGCGGCACUUGAAAGCCAACCAGAUCAUCCGCUCUGCUGAGGUGGAGCGGGUCAUGCUGAGAGUGGACCGCGGCAAGUACUCCAAGAACAACCCAUAUAUGGACUCCCCUCAGGGCAUUGGCUAUGGGGUGACAAUCAGUGCACCACACAUGCAUGCCCAUGCCCUGGAGCUCCUGAGUGCCCACCUGAAGAAGGGCAACCGUGCCAUGGAUGUUGGGUCUGGCAGCGGAUACCUCACAGCCUGCAUGGCCCACAUGGUUGGGGAGACUGGCCGGGCCGUGGGGAUCGACCACAUCCCUGAACUCAUCAAGAUGGCUCAGGACAACAUUGAGAAAGACAGCCCUGAGCUCCUGUCAUCCAACACUGUCAAACUUGUUGUUGGUGACGGUCGGCAGGGGCACCCAGACGAGGCACCUUACAAUGCCAUACACGUUGGAGCUGCUGCCCCAACCCUCCCUCAAGCCCUUGUGGAACAGCUGGCACCAGGUGGCCGACUCAUCAUUCCCAUUGGUCCAGAGGGAGCCAAUCAGAACUUAGAGCAGAUUGACAAGCUUGAAGAUGGCAGUGUGAAGCGGAAGGUCCUCAUGGGAGUGAUUUACGUGCCACUCACUGACAAGGACUACCAGUGGCCAGGCAGGCGGGAGCUGUGAGUCAUGCCACCAGCUGAAUCCUAAUUCCUCCCAGGUGCUGCUCUCUCCUAUAAUUGCCACCACCACCACCACCGCCGCCCACUGCUCACCACCCACCACCACCAGCACCUGUCUCCCACCACCACCACCACCCUGCCAGUCAACACGUGUCUGCCCCGCUACCAUCCACCACACCCCAGUAUCUAUUGAGGCGCUUCAUCCCGCAGCCUGUGCCUGCCCUUUCAUGCAAUAGCCAGAGUACUGUAGCUGCAGCACAAAUUGCUUGCACCCCAUCUCUGCCUGCAUCCCAAAUGGUGAGCAAGAAACCUCAACCUCAAACGCCUUUUUUUCUAACUGUUUGCUUGUGUGGGCGGCCUCGGCACUGAGACGGAGAGUUCUCGCCACGUCUAACUGUUGACAUGAUUAAUGAGCGUUGUACAACUGAGAAAUAAAGCAGUGUGAAGCUUUGCCAUUUUUGGAGAGAAAAAAACACUUGUAACAGAAGGCUUAAAGCGCCUGCUUUCAGUGUGUGAGUGAUAGAACAGAACUUGUACACUAUGAUCACACUUCAAGCUUGCUCAAGGUUGCCUUUCAUGUGUUUGGAGCCUACUCUCUUUUGUUUGUCAUGCUCCUAAGAAGGCAAUGAUUGUGUUGGGUAUGGCUGAGGAGACUCACUAGAUGGUUUUACACUAGUGCAGUUGUGUGACUAGAGAUGUGUGGCCCAGAGGACACUAUUUUGCAUGACUUAAACCAUAUUCAAACAAAAAGGCUACAUGGUGUUACUGGUUCCCAUUUUGAGUGAAAACUCAUUGAAAAGAAACAAAACAAAGAAAGAAAAAAUCAUAGGUUUAUGGUGUUUCCUUAUUUAUGAUACAGAGUGUAGCAUUGAAUUAACUUAGCUUAUGUCUUGAAUGAUUCACAGGAGUAAUUUAUUUUUAUUAGUGUGUAUGGAAUAUGUGACAAAGGUGUAGACUCAUUAACUCUUCUCAUGCUGGUGGCAGCUCUUCAGGAAAGUACAACAGUACUCCAGUAACAACAAGUGGAGAGUGCAGUAAUGGUUUGGCCACUUAUGGAAAUACUCAGCUUAUUCAGAACAUUGGUAGUGGGAAAAUAUUGAGUCUAAUCUGGAAUCAGAAGUACAGCGGCCGCCAUCCAAAAGUUUUGAAGAGAGGAGGAGGAUGUUCAGAUGCAGACUCUCAGUUCAUGCUUGUACAAGACACAAUAGUCUUGGGAAAUAUGACAUUACAGCCAUCUUGCUGUCUGAACCAUCAUUGCACUUCGUUAUUUUUUUUAGAUUUGCGUUUAUAAAUGGUUAUUGAACUUGUUGAUACAUAGGUACAUAUAACGUCAUAAUUUCAUGGUAGUGUAACAGGUAAAGAUGUGCUUGAUAAGGAACCGCACUGCUUGUAAAAGGUUUUCUUUGGAAAAUUUAAGACAAGUUAAAAUCAAGACAGUUUAGUUACUCUACAAGUAUGUCCAAUGACAGUGGUUUUAGUGAACUAUUUGUUCAGGAUUACUUUUUUCUUUCUUUUUCAUCUCUAUAUAAAAUUCAGUGAACUUUCUUGAUAGUGACAUCCACCAGCUGACUGAGCUUGUGUUGUGUGUACGGGAGUGUUGUAAUACUGACUGUCAUGGAGAGGAAUUGUUGUGAAUCAGAGUUUGAAACAAGUGUGAAAGCAUUGGUUAUUCAGUAUAUAUUAAUUUUCAAAUAGUAAGGCUGUGAUAGUAUCAUGGAGAUAUAGAAUACACUAUAUUUGUUCAUAUACAGCUUUUUCAUAUGUAAUGAUAAUGCAACAGGGAAGGAGAAAGGAUUGUAUUUAAGUGUUUCUGUACAGUCUCAAGAAACUCCUUUCAUUUCUUGCUGUCUGAAUCUAUGAAGUGGGUGACUUGUGUAAAUAAAGUACAUAGGUAUGUGCCCAUAGAUUCUUCAACUAUGUUCAGUAGUGCAAUUCAAGCUUGUGUUUAUUACGGAACACUUUGUGCUCCCUGAUGUUGCAUGUCUGUAGGAUGCAUUCUUUUAAUUGUUGAUGUGGUCUGCUCCUCCAGACAUUUAGUUGACUUAUAAGUGCCACCACACAUGGCACAUUUCCCAGGGAAGGUGUGGUGUGGUGCACUGGUGAUGCUUGGUCCCCACAGUGCUGAGGGUCAUGGUCCCAUGGUGACCACAGGGACCACUGACUGCUACCACCAGGAUGGGAGGGUGUGCACUCUUGUUGGCAGUGCAUCAUUGUUUGUCAUAAUAAAUUUAAACAUUUCUGUAAUAAAUACUGGAAUGACAAAAUAAGCAUGAUAGCAUGCAUUAUUUAUUUUUUCACAUAUUUAUGUGUGCCAGAUUUCAUAUAGCCUAGUUUAGUUGAUAAUAAAAAACUUUUUUAUUUUCACUCAUCUCUGAUGUACAAUUGCAAGAAAAGAAUUAUAGGGAUUAGUUUAACUCUUUAAUAAGAAUCUUGCAGCCUUUAAAACUUGUCUUUUUCUGUUUUGUUUCACAGCUGACAUCCAUAGAAUGUCUGUGAAAUACAGUAAUGGAAGAUACUAGCAGGUUAUGUCCCUGAUUGCUGGUUCAAGGCAUGAUGCACAGUGUGAUGACAUCAUUAGACAUGUAUCUGCUAUGCAAUUCCAGUGAAUUAGUAAAGUCAAGCACAGAACAAGUGUGUGCUAUCAGAUUCACUGCCUGCCUUCUUGAAGAUAACUUGGCAGGAAUUUUAAUUCCCUAAAAGCAAAUAAUUUUUUGCAUGGAUAAAUUAUACAUUUUUCUCAAAAGUAUAACUUCCAGUAAUUUUUUUUUUUUUUAUUUAUUUAUUUAUUUUUUUAUUAUUAUUAAUUUUUUUCUCUCUCCCUCCAGACCACUAAGGCCCCUUUCACACAGUGCCACCAGUGACUGCCAUCAGUUACCUCCUAUAGUUUCCAGUGCAGCCUUUCAUAUAAUGCCACCAUGGUGGUAUGAGCAGGUAACUGCUGCUGAUGGUGGGUUGGGGUUACCCAGCCCUUUCACACUGGGAUAACUGGUGAUGGCCACUGGUGGCAUUGUGUGGAAAGAGCCUAACUGAAAAAUAUUCCUCUACAUAUGCUUGUAGUCUGCAGUAAAUAAGUUUUCAGUGUUAGAAUAGGAUAUCCGGAAAUAUUUAUUUCUUGUGCAUCACACUUUAUGAAAGAUUAUACUCAGAUUUAUUUUUCUGAGGAUCAGCUUAGUUACCAUUAAAGCUUGUAGGCAAAGUGCCUGGUGCUGGUAAAAGAUUUAUUAAACUCUGUAGUAGUGCGAACACUUCUCUUUUCUGAAUGUGAGAGAAUGAGUGCAAGCAGGUUUGUAACACAACCUUUAUACUUCAGGCUAUUUAUCAUCCCUGUUCCACAACUUUAAUUAAAAUUUCUCUUCAAAAGCCCAAAA